UUUUCACCUCAAUUUUCUCAGGUUCAUCGCCUCGUCGUAAACAGAGAUCCUAAGUACACUAAUUUCGUCGAGUUUCGUACGCACAAGAUAAUAUACAGGCGAUAUGCUGGCUUGUUUUUUUCACUCUGUGUUGAUAUCACUGAUAAUGAAUUGGCAUACUUAGAGUGCAUUCAUUUGUUUGUGGAAAUACUGGAUCACUUCUUCAGCAAUGUGUGUGAACUUGAUUUGGUAUUUAACUUCCAUAAGGUCUAUCUUAUACUUGAUGAAUUCAUUCUAGCGGGUGAACUGCAAGAAACAAGCAAGAAGGCUAUCAUUGAGAGAAUGGGGGAAUUGGAAAAACUGGAGUGAUACAUUACUUUUCUGCAGUCGUAGCAGUUUGGAGGUUUCGAUGACUUGCUUUUGCCCUCGGCGUAAUUCUUGCAUUUCAAUUGUGAUACAGAAUUUUGAAAAUAUUUUUUCUUGAGCCGUGUAUUCAGUAGCCUUUACCUACGCAUCUUAUUGGGCUUAUGUUUAUAUUUGUAAGACAUUAAUCAAAUCAGGGUUUUCAAUAGCCUUUCUUUUAUUGUCGAUUUCUAUUAUGUAUUUUUUU